AAGGCAUUUGUCCUUUUUCAUGUUCUCGGGAAUCGCUGCUCGGUCGGACUGCUGAGCUCUAUCCAACUCACACUUCUACCUGAUCAUCAUGUCGGUUUUGUUCACUUCGAUCUCCCCGGACAACCCGGUCACGAGGGAGGAUGCUGGAUCUCUUCUGCAUAAUCUGGGACUCUCUGUCGACCCGGAAGACGAAGAAGACUACCAUACCCUUCUAGCCGCCGUCCAUGACUGCGCGGAAACUGUUGCGAAUCUCCCCGACUACCAACCCGUCCCCGAUCUAGAUCGAUACCCCCGACAAGAUGUCCGUCGUCCAUCAUCGGAAGAUCAGGUCUUCGGACAAGCCUGGGCUCAUAAAUUCCUUAUCAAGGGAAACCCGGAGGGGGGACUGUUGGCGGGGAAAACAAUCAGCGUGAAGGACUGCAUUGCUGUCGCAGGUGUGCCACAAUUGCUUGGAAGCGAUAUCAUUCCCUCCUGGACACCAAUCACAGAUGCAACGGUUGUCACUCGUGUUCUCGAUGCUGGGGCUGAUAUUCACGGUACUUCGACUUGCGAGAACUACUGCCAUUCCACCGCGUCUUUCACAAGUGCGCAGGGUACGGUAGAGAACCCUUUCUCAACUGGGUACUCGGCCGGAGGAAGCACCUCAGGAGGCGCUGCCUUGGUCGCGGCGGGUCUGGUUGACAUCACACUUGGUGGAGAUCAGGGUGGGAGUAUCCGGGUGCCUUCUGCAUUAUGUGGCUGUGUCGGGCUAAAGCCCACUUAUGGCUUGGUGCCCUUCACUGGUAUUGCCAGCGGAGAUGCUAUUGAUGACCACACGGGGCCGCUUGCUCGAAAAGUUAUCGAUAUUGCGUCCUGCUUGGACGCUAUCGCCGGCUACGACGGGAUAGACGAUAGAUGCCUAGGCAGUCCCAAACACGGGUCUACCUCCUUUGCCAAAUCGCUCCAAACAUCUUCCACAAGACUUGAUGGCUUCAGAGUAGCAGUCCUUAAAGAAGGUUUCGAGCAUACCUCUGUGGACCCGGCAGUUAAAGACUCAGUCAUGGCAGCUGCGCAAAAGUUCGCCGAGCUUGGUGCAACAGUCGAGGAGAUAUCACUCCCAGAUCAUUACCACGGGCCUGCCAUCUGGACCAUCCAGUCGCGCGUUUCAGGUUCAUUAACACUACUUGGACAAGCCCAUGGGAGACGAGGGCUCUACAUGACCGAAAUGGAGCGCGAGAGACUCCCAUGGACAAAAGAGGGCUUCCAACGAGCCUUCCCAUCCACCAAAAACGUCAUCAUCAACGGUCUCUAUCUUACCUCACGCUUCCCGGACUUGUACGGUAAAACCGUUAAUAUCGGUCGGAGGCUCCGAGACCUGUACGAGGAGAUCUUCCAGAAGUGCGACGUUGUUGUUAUGCCGACCACUCCUGUUGUUGCACCCAAACAUGGCGCGCGAGGCCUACCCAUUGAAUCUCUGAAGCCUAGCAUGGGUCUUACAAUCAACACAGCCAUCUUUGAUGUUACGGGGCAUCCGGCGAUGUCCAUUCCGGUUGGCUUUGCACCGGCUAAGGACAAUGUUGAGGUUAAACUCCCGGUCGGUAUGCAGAUCGUUGGUGGGUUGUGGCAAGAGUCGAAAGUGCUUAAAGCCGGAUAUGCGUGGGAGGCGAACUAUGAUUGGAAAGACGGAGCGGGUCGGUUAUAGAACAC